AUGAGUAUUUUCUUAGGAUUAAUUGUGCAUGAUCAAGUACCUAGAGAUAGAUACAUAAGAGCAUUAACUGAAAUAGAAUAAUUAAUGUAUGUGCAUAAAGAAGAAUUAGUAAUUUUGAAUUCUGAUAAUAUUUUGAAAUUCAAAAUCCAGAAUUCAAUAUUUUGGUUACCAAAAAACCCAAUUUACUUAAAUACAAUAUAUUAUCGUAUUACUGGAAAUGAUGAUUUAUAAUCAGCCAUAGAAAUGAUAUGGGAUUGUUUGUGCAUAUUAAAAGAGAAUUUUCCAUCUAAAUUAGAAUUGUAUUAAGAAAAUAUUGAUGAAUUUAAUUUGAAUGAAUGGGAGAAUGAAUUAUUAAGAAGAUAACUAAAUAAUUUAAAUAAUCGUUAAUCAAAUGAACCACUUACUAAAGAUGAAAUAGAAGAUGUUUUUGCAAUACUCAAUAUUGCUUAGCAAUUAUAAAAUAUAAAAGGUUAAGAAAUAUGUUUAAAUUUAUUGAAUUAAGUAUAACCAUUUUUUUUACAGACACUAUCAUAAUCUUAUUUAGAUUAAUUAGAAUAAAUAGCAAAAGGAUAACAUAAAAUUAUUGCAAAUUCUUUAUUAAAUAAAAUUAUAAAAGUCACAUCUAAUACAAAUAACUAAAUUACUUAAAGAUCAAGUAAUCAUGAUUAAGAAUUAAUAAAUGUUAUCAGAUAAAACCCUCGUUAUGAAUAAUAAUUUAGUAAUAGUUCAAUUAUUUUUUAAAUGAAAGAAACAAAUGAAAUUGAUAGAAUAUGUUUUUAUUUAGAUUACACACUUUGUAAAAAUUAAAUAUUAUUAAAGUCAAUAAAACCUACUAUAUAAAUUAUAAUAGAUAAAUAUUAUGAUGGUAAAGUUUUUAAUUAAUAAAAGGUUUAUAUGGUUAAGAUUAAUCAGAAUUUACAAAGUACUGUGUAUUUCACACUUUACUUGGUUAAACUAUAUUGAACAUCUAACAAUUUGAUAAUACUACAAUUUAGAAAAUAUUUGUAAUUUUUGAAGAAGGAAUUUUGAAUUGGAUUCAAAAUCUUGUGUAAAUGUCUCCUAAGUUAAUUUAUAAUCUAUUUCCUACAACAUUGUUGCAAAUCUACUAAAGUUAACAAUAUUCAUCAUAAUUAAAAAGCCAUAAAAAUAAUAUAUAUUCAAUAAUUUGCAAAAAAAUGGGGAUGACUAAUAAUGAUAAUAAGAGUGAAUAAUAAAAAAUAUACUAGAACCUAGAUGAAAUAAAAUGCAUAUCUCCAUUAUUAGCUCAAUUUUUAGAAUAGUUAUUGUGA